CUGAUUUAGUCUGCCCGCGUUUCAUCCAAAACAUUUUCAUCUAAAGUGUCUGGGAUAUGGAAAAAGAAAAGGACUCCUUGGAAUUAUUCGGGAUCUUUGCUGCCAGCUGAGGAGAAAGUCAUCUAUCGGAAUUGAAGCAGGAACCCCGUAGCUUGAACAGCCGCGUAGAGAAGUUUGGAGCCAUGUUUUGGGGUGAUCAUGGUUUCGUGGUUGUAAACAUCAUAUUCUUUCUGUAUAAGGUCGGAGAAUCGAUGCUGGACACUACGACCAAACCGUACCUAGUGACCGCCGUGUGUUAUGAUACAUAUAUGUACGGAAAAGACAAAAACAACACGCUGUGUAUGGAUCUAGAUAAACACCCGGAACUAGAGAACCACAUGCAGAGUUUGUCGGGAAAUUAUCUCAUAUACUACAGAUUGCUUUUGAAUAUACCCGCCAUUCCUCUGGCACUUCUAUGUGGAUCUUACAGUGACCGCUAUGGAAGGAAGAUUCCCGUUCUCCUGCCUAGCCUUGGAAGUGUUUUCGCCGUCUUAUGUUAUAUUUUGAGUGAUUUGGUGCCGCUGUACAGGAUUCCUUUGAUAUUCUGUGGUCUAGCUCUUCAGGGACUCUUUGGAAAAAGCUCCGUAAUAACAAUGGCAGUCAAUAGCAUUGUGUGUGAUGUAUCUCUGUCUGUGGAUCGCACUAAAAAUCUCGGUAUUCUGUUAGCCAUGAAUUUUCUCGGUGUCUGCAUUGGUUCGUUUUUCUCCGGAAUUUUCCAAGACCUUCUCGAUCUUAGCAUGACAUUUCUCUGUGUUGCAAUACUUCACGGUAUUUCUAUAAUUUUUACCAUAAUCCUUCUCGACGAAACGAUCGAACGAAAAACAACCGACGACGAUUUGCAAACAGCAAGGAGAUGUGAAUUAUGCGAAGUGUUUAGACCUUCUAACCUGAAAGAUGCGCUGAGUGUUGUUACAAAGCCUAGAUUUCUAAACAGUCGAAAAAUCAUCAUAGUUCUUCUGAUCAUUUCUCUUGCAACACAGAUAUGCAGAACAGGUGAGGCAGACAUCAAUCUCUUAUUCAUCACAAGGACACCACUAAAUUGGCCAAAAUCCUGGUACGGUUACCUGAUGUCCCUCGAAUACGCCGUUAAAGGGCUGUGUCUUUUUCUGUUCCUCCCCAUCUUUUCUAUCCACCUACACAUGUCCGAUAUCUCAAUAGUCAUUCUGGGAAUCUUAUUCAAAUUAACUCGACUGUUGUGGGCGGGGUUUUGUAAUACUUCCUGGAUGGUGUUUGCGUCGGUUUCGAUUGGCGCAAUGUCGGGCCUGAUCACUUCCGCUUUACGCUCAUUGGUUAGCAAAGCUGUUGACGUAGACGAAGCGGGAAAAAUGUUUGCAUUGCUAUCUGCUGCAGAAACCUCGUCGAAAUUCUUGGGAUCCAUCGUUUUCUUGAAUAUCUAUAGCUUAAGCGCACACGUAUUUCCAGGGGUGGGGUUCCUUGUCGAGGCUGUUGUCUAUGUGUGUAUACUAGGAACUCUGCUGACGAUAUUCCGGCCCCUUCAGAAAAUGCAGCACAAGGGGAUGGUGGAGGACAGAGUUUUAGACCUAUCGUAUGGAUCUCAUUAACAAUAACAGAAAACACGAAAUCAAAGCUUAAAAUUGAUUACUUCAAACCACCAAAACCCAAAACACGAAGUCAAAGGUUAAUCAAUUAAAGGUUGAUUAAUUUAAACCAUCAAAAUUUAUACUUGUUUAAGAUUUUAACUUUAAUGCUUCAAAAUCUAAUGCUAGACUGUACAAAUUUUUCACGUGUAGUUUCCUUUGUUUUUUUCCCACAAAAUAUCGAUGUAAUAGGCUAUGAAAUGACACUCAAUAAAGGUUUUCA